AUGCCUUUCACGCCAGACAACACGAUGCUCAUCCGCUCUCGAGAGUACGGAGACGGGUCCGAGUACGACCUUUCCUCGACUUCGUCUACGAUCAUCCCAGAUCACUACGUGAAGCGGCUUUGGAGGAAACAGACACUACUGAUUGGUAAUGGAGGCACCGGGCGCACGAUCCAGUUUAUAAAUAAGGACGAGAGCUCGAGUGAUAGGUCCGUCGCGUAUUCGACGACGGAGGAGGGGAAUUUGUUGACGGUCCUUACGGGUGGGUACGGUGAGGGAGGUUCUGAGAUUGCGAGAGUUAUGUGGUCUGGGUCUGGGAGGUCGCUUGAUAAGAACAGUAUGAUGACAAUAGGUAAUAAAAGUGGGGCCGUGAAGGAUCUUUUGAAGAAGAGUAAUCGCAUGUCCACCAGCCGGAUAUUUGUAGGUCCAGACGGGUUGGAGUACAAGUGGAAGGUUAUAUCUGUUGGGAACGACCCUGCGUUUCCGGAGACGACGUAUAAGACGCUGUAUGUGAAGGACUCGAAGCAUCCGGUGGCUACGACUUCGAGGCUUUCGAGGAGGGAUGGGAAUAUGAAUGAGGAAGCCUACCCGAUCUAUAUCGCCGAGCGCGGGAUUAGGAUCCAGAGCUGGAUUGUAGCUUCGUUGGUGAUACUCGAAAAAAUCCAGACGUCGUAG